GUUAUAUUCUCGCAAAAUGUCUACCGAAGGAAAGACAAUUACCUGUCGAGCAGCCGUCCUAUGGAAAGAGGGCUCUCCGUUGACGGUGGAGACGAUAACCGUGGAUCCGCCGAAGAAGGGCGAAGUCCGCGUCCGAAUGGUAGCGGCGGGCGUUUGCGCGACGGACGCCCACUUCGUGUGGGGCUGGCCCACAGACCUGGCGCUCGACUUCGAGGGCCUGCCGGUGGUGUUGGGUCACGAGGGCGCCGGAGUGGUGGAGUCUGUGGGCGCGGGUGUGACGGCGGUGUCUGCGGGCGACAAAGUGGUGUUGAUGUGGAUGCCUGAGUGCGGUGUUUGCGACCUUUGCCGCAAUCCGAAGACCAACUUCUGCUCUGUUGGCAAUUUCUACACCACUUUAUAUCACGACAACCGCGAGACGCGAAUGAAAGUCAACGGAAAACCGUUACUCUCUUUGGCCGGAACGUCCACUUUCUCCGAGUACGCCGUCGUCCGCCAAUCACAAGUCGCCAAAGUGAACCCUUCGGCCGACCUCAAGACGGGCUGUAUCAUUGGGUGCGCUGUGGGCACCGGCUAUGGUAGUGCCACGAAUAUAGCGCGGGUGCAUAAGGGCGGGAAGUGUGCGGUCUGGGGAUUGGGAGCCAUCGGGUUGUCGGCUGUUAUCGGCUGUAAGGACUCUUCGGCCGACACUAUCGUCGGAAUCGAUAUCAACGGCGAGAAGGAAGCGAUCGCUCGACAGAUGGGUUGCAAUGAAUUCAUUAAUCCCAAGAGUUUG